AUGGCAUUAGCACUAGCAAAGAAUAUUGAUCUACAUUUACCGUAUUAAUAGCUUCCAACUAAAAAAUAAAAAAAAAUUAAAAUACAUUGUUUAGAAUAUGGCCAUCGUGAUUAAAAAGUAGAAUAUUUAAACUUAACACCCGAAACUGAUGUGAUAAAAUCAAGAUUACAAUGUAUUAAGUGCAUUAAUGGUCCUUACUCAAAUUUUAGGUAGUAAAAUGCUGUGCUCGAAGAAGUUUUAAGUGACGACAUGAAUGUUAUGAAACAUACACAUUUUUAGGGAAAUCUUUACCAAGAAUUUUCAAAUCUUUAUCAUUCCUUAAAUUUAGAUAUUAGCAAAGAUGACAUUAAAUUUAGAAUUGCAACAAUUAAAAAAUAGAUUUUAUACGAUCUUUAAGUAUUAGAAUAAGAUGUGCUUAGUAAUUAUGAUAAGUAUUAAGAAAUAUAAGAUAAAAUAAAAUAAUAAGUUGACAAUUUAAAACCUGAUUUUGAUUUUUCUGAGUUAUAAGUGCAUUUAGAGAAUUACGCCAAAGAAGGUCCCAACCCCCCACCUAAGUCAUAAAAGAAAAUAAAUGAUUUACUUAAUAAAUAUGUUUAAAACUUACAUAACCCAAAAAUAGCUCAAAAAAAAAUCGACAGUUUAGAAUAGCUUAAAACAAAGGUUAAUGACUUUACUAAGAAAUUAUGCUUUCAUAUUCAUAAACUUGACUAAGGAAUGGAAAAAAUUUAAAACAUAAUUGAGGAAAUGAAAAAAACAUUCUCUGAAAAUAACUUUACCUAAUCCUAAUUGUCAAACGACUAUAUAUCAAUAGUCUUGGAAAGAAUUGACAAAGAUUAUAAAGACACUACAAAAGUUGAACAAAUAAAGAACUUAUAUACAAGUAUUCAUGAGGGACUUAAGUAUGAUACAAUAUUAAACCAUCUAAAAUAGGAAGAAUCAUCAAAAUUGCUCUUUAUUUUCAAAAGUUCUAAUUCUUAAAUAUUUGGAGCAUAUACUUCACCUGCACUUGCACCUGCACCUGUACUUGCACCUGCACCUGCACCUGCACUUGCACCUGCCGUUUAAAAUCCUAGUUUUAUGUUUUCAUUAAGCAAAUAAUAAAUUUAUCCUUUAAAUUCAAAUACGAAACCUUUAUAAUAUAAUAAGGAUGCUAAUGACAUUAAUGAGCUAUUUACUUUAGGAACUCAAGAUCUAGUCAUAUAAUCAUCAUUUGAAAAAUGUAAAUCAAAAUUAGGCAGUAGCUUUGAUUUAAGUGGUUACUAGAUAACCAAUUAAGAUAUGCAUUUAGCAAAUGCAGUAGAAUUUGAAAUAGUUGCCUUAGAGAUAUUCAAAUUAUGA